CGGUCGGUCCCGCGUAAUGUAAAAUUAUUUGUCGCGGGCGCCCCGUUGACGAUCGGCGCACGGCCGCGAUCGUUGCCGCGAUCACGCGCGCACGCACAACAAAUAAUGCGUGCCCGGGGACCCGCGCGUAAUAUACGAGACGCGCGCACUACAGACGCGUACGCACGGUUUUUGUUUUCUCUUGUCCGGUAUCGCGCAGUCACAAUUAACCGCGUGUAAAACUGUUGGUUUGUUAACGACAUAAAACGCGAAGGGAAAAAAAAAAAAAAAUUAAAAAAAAAAAAAUAAAUAACUAAAUUCGAAUACAAAUUUCACGUCGUGAUUAGUAAUAUAACACCCGAUAAACGUGACAUGGUUAUAAUAAUACUGUAUACAGGUACACCUAUGUAUUAUUAUUAUUAUUAUUAUUAUUAUUAUUAUUGUUAUUAUUAUGCAUACUUAUAUUAUCUGUAACGUAUUACAAAUACACAUGUGUUAUGAUAUUUCGUUUAGAAUGAAUCGAGAAAAAUAAAAAAAAAAACGACACGGUAAAAAAACGUCAAAUGCGUUUUUCUUGAAAAUCCCGCGCAUCAGUUUAUGCUUUCGGAUUUCUGUACAUACUUAAAAAUAACAUGUUUAGCCCUACCCCUCCCACAGAAAAAAAAAAAAUCAUCCAGGGCGCCCAUUUGGAAUGUAUAGCAAUACGGCGGAAAUUAUUCGAUCGGAGAUCAGCAGCCUGCAAUUAGCCACUAAUAUUUGUAAUUUUUUGGUAUAAUAUACAUUUGUCGUUUUUUACCCUUGUCGAUUUUUACCGUAUCGUUUUCACUUGACGAAUUACAUAUAUUUAUAAACCAAUAUCAGAUUCAUCAGUCAAUUGGUGUAGUGCACUGUAAUAGUGUCUCUACACAUUUGAAUCAAUAAUAGCAUGUACGCGUAAGUAAACAUUUCGUCGGGACAAAAACGUUUUUUUCGUUAAUUUGUUCGUGGUGUAGAAUAUAAUUAAAUUGGAUUCCUAGACGAUUGUUUUUCUCAUGUCGAGUAUUUUUUAAAUAAUUAAUAUUUUUUAUAUAAAUCGGUAGGAAUAAAAAAAAAUUACAAAGCAUAUUUUAUGGUUUUUUUUUUUUUUUUCUAUAAGUGCACGCACGCUGCACGCAUAUUUAGCGGGUUUUUUUAAAGUCACGUUUCCUCUGCCUUUAUAAUUAUUUGUACAAGUAUAACGUGCCCCGUCACGUCCGUAUCUGUACGACGACGGUUAUCAGUGGCGUGUCCAGAAAUGAUCAACGGGUGGGUAUAACAUGAUGUAGUAGUGUUGUACCUAUAUACAACAAUCACGAUUAACGGCAUAAUCGUCUGCUGAUACACGCCUGACCCGACAAUGAGAAUUUAAAAGCUCGAUCCCAAUGGGCCAUUUUUUUUUUUUUUUUCAAAUCGAGCUUUUUCCCAUGUAAUUCGGCCAAAAUCCAUCGUUUCAAAAUAAAAUCUGUUGUUAUUUUUGAACGUAUAAGGGAGUAUAUAACUUCUGACGUCUUCGCCACUGGGCCGGUUAUGAUGAAAUUGGAACGAUAUCGUUAAUAUCGUUAUAAGUAGGUAGACAAACAAUAACACGUAGGUAAGUAUAUUGUGGGCGGGUUUUCUUAGGUACUUAUACAGUGUACACACUAUUGUAACCAAGCGCUUUGAAAAUACCGGCGUAUCUAUACCUGCUCUAAUUAAUUUUCAUAUUUAGUUUGUUGACACGACGUUUACCAUUUUUGAAUAAUUUCCGAUCGAGAAUAAUAAUAACAGUAUUACGUAGGUAUCCACGUUUAUAUGUUACAUUUUUUUUAAGAACAGACAGUGGGGCAGCUGGUGUUGGCAGGUGUAUUGCAAUUCCAUAUGUUAUUACGUAGACACCUAAGUAUCGGAAAUAUAGGUAAAGGAAGGGGCGUAGCUAGGAUUUAUCUACGGUGAUGGCGGGGGGGAUUAGAUCUUUACGAUAGGUCAGGGGUGGUCAAACGGUCGAUCGCAGAUGAUUUAAAUGUCGAUCUACGUUUUGUUAGAAUUUAUUUUUAUGUAAUUAGUAGAUAAAUAACAAUUGCUGAUAAUUUUUAUCUUAAUAUUUUUUUUUUAUUUUGCAAUAAAUGUAUCAAGUAAUACAACUCAACAGAGUUUAUCCUGGCAAUUGUAUUUACAAUAAUGUUGUACUAAUGUUGUUUUAAUAAUAGUGUGAUGAAAAACAUUAUUUAAUUAUGCAUUUUAGUUUAAUUAUUUUUUACGUACAUGUUUAUUAUUAAUACCUGUCAGGGAGUUUAUCAUUAUACCUACAUCUUCGUUUGGCAAAGUCGAUCCGCGAAUGAAAAAUAUACUCUUAGUAGAUCUCUACCAAAAUUAAAUUUGGCCACCCCUGUAAUAGGUUAAUCGUGUGCAUAAAGUCUAAUAUGAUGUUAAUACGUGUAUACGGUGAUGUAUUGUAAUCAGUCGACAUUCGCGAUUUCUACGUGCCUAUAGGUGCCUAUUACAAUACGAUUACGAUUAUGUCUAAAGGUAUGGAGACCUCUAUUAUGGAUUUUAUAGCGUUGCUCGUUGGCAAUUAAAUAUUUUAAAACAAGGAAGAUUCUACAUUGGAUACGAUUUGAAUUAUAAUUAAAACAUUUAUUUUUUUUUUUUCUAUCAAAUUGUCCUCUAUUUUCGGAAACAAAAAUUACGGUGUUCACACAUCACACGGCUGCAUCCGAAUCCGUUCCCGUAGCUAAAAACUGCCAUCCGCAAUUGGUUCCCGAUAACGACUAUCGGAAAAAGAUGAAAUGCAAUCUAACAAUAGCGUUAUAAUAUUAUUUAAUAUUGAUGUCGUACACUGGCGGAUUUGAUUGGUCCUUAAGGUGGGAGGGGGGCAAUAUCUUUUGGUGCAAGAAUUACACAUUUAACUUGUGUGACCGUUGACCGCCCGAUGUGAUGGCGCAACCGUCCACAGAGGCCACGGUUAUGAUUUAUGAACGCUCUGAACUUCCAUACAGGUUUCCGAGCGAAAUUGUUAUUUAUAGGUAGUUUGGUGUCUAUGGGCGGGUGAGGGGCGAACGCCGCCGUGGUCCGUGCGCCCCCUCCAAACGCCGCGCCUAAUAUCGCGUGCAUCGCGUACCCAUAAUAUUAACACUAUUUUUACCCGUACUGGUUUCGCACGUCACCUACCGCAUUCAGCAAUCCUUCGAUAUCCGCAGAGUGUUUACUGUGUACGUGGGUGUGGCGUUUUCGUUUGCGUGGAUAAUAAUUGCUGACACCCGAUUAGUAGUAAUACAAUGUCGCAUAUCGCGGGGGCGCGACUAGACCGCCGACUUUUGGGACCGUAAAAUUAUAGGCACAUCACAGACCCGCGGGAGCAAUGUCCCGCAACGCCCUCCUUCGCACGACACUUACGUUUGGCAACUAUACCGCAUUUACGCAUUUGUCCGUGUGCGGGUGAUCCGUAUUUGUUCUGCUUAUUAAUUACGAAAUACAAGGAUAAAGUGUUUAGUCAACACUAUCAGAAAAAAAAAAAAAAAAAAACCAAAUCGAUCGGUUACUUUCGGGGGGGUGCUAAAGACUUCCUAGCACCUCCCCACCCCCUGUUUGCGCCUAUGUGAAUUAUUCACAUUGAUUGUGUAUAGUAAAUAAUCAAAGGUAAUGUGUAUACAGUCCCGUAAGUCUGUAUAGAAUGAUAAGGUAAAUUGAAAUUGCUUUUAAAACAAUCUGAGAACUAAUUAUAUUGUGUAUACUAACCCUCCGCAACAACCCCGUAAUCAAUUCGAACACACCGGGUUAUGUUUCGGUUAAACUACUUAGAUGCUUCGUUAUCACACGGGGUAAAAGUGCAAUACGGAUAAAAAAAAUAAUGAUAGGUAGGUAGGUAGGUAGGUAGUACGUAGAUGAACAAAAAAGGAAAAAAAAUACUAAAUCUGUCCGUCGGGCUUUCAUUAUUUGAACGUUGUUGUAAAAAUAUUAAAUUACAGAACUUUAAACAUUUUCAUUGGUACCGCCCAUGGUCGUAUAGAGCCCGGUGCGUGGGCACCUCUUCCGCCCCCUACAUGGCCCCUUAUUAGGCAUAGCUCUACUAAUAAGUAUUAUGAAGUUUAUUUUCACGUUUUCGUUCAGAUGACCUUGUAUUGCUCGAAUAACAUGAUAAUUAUAACAAUUUGAAAAAAAAAAACAUAUGGUAAUCUAUAAACAUGAUAAUAAUUGAUAAGAAAAAUGUAAUAUGAUGUCAUAAUAUUACACUCUUAUCGUCAUAAUAAUAAAACUCCUUGCUUAGGAAGUUAGAGACGACAAAUAUUUUUCGAUUUUGAAAAUUUGUAAGAAUUGCAAUAUAUGUUCCUCAGUUUGUAAUAUUUCAUACUUCCGAUUUAAGUACCUGUAUAUUAUUGUGUGUGUUUCGUCAUGUGUGUAACAAAAUAAUACAAUGAGGCAUCUGAUUUUUACAAAGUAAAUACGUAUUUUAACUACCCUACGACUUGUACAAUUUUCAUUAAUUACAAUGUCUAAUGCCAACGAAAAUCAAGGACCAACACCGAGUAAUGGUAAUUAUCUCUUAAGAUUUGUAUUUAUUUUCAAAUAUUUUUACGUUCAAAAAUCUAAAACAGAUAGUAGAAUGGCAGUGCCGGUUCCUAGUCGUCGCAUGAGCCUUGCUGCUGAUCUCAUGUUGCACCUAGAGCGUAGGGCUGCCGAAGGUUCAGCCAUGUUUCGCAGCAACGUUCACAAUGUAGUCGAAGAGUUGCGCCCAAUCAUUACAGUGGCACGUCAACCUGAUCCUGGAUCCCCACAGCCGCUCGGUCCAGGUUCAUCUGUGCGUUUAAGCUUACCACCAUGGUUUGGUUUAAACACUAGCAAUAUUCAAUCUCCCCUAUCACCACCCAGUUUGUCAGAAACUACAGAUCGAAACCCCAUUGUUACAGGUAACAUACAUUUAUAAAAUACUUAGGUGUUUAUAGUUUUCAUGAUGAGUAUGGGUUUUUGCAGGAGAGGUUAGACCAGUUGCGACAACUCCAAUUACACUCUAUGUGCCUACUCAAAGGUUAUCAACUGAACCAAAUAAUGAUAUAUCAAUAGAUAUGAGUUUGUCAAGUCCCGACUUAAAUGUAGAACCAUUGCCUCAGAGUUCUGGAGGGUCUUCACCUAAUGAAUCUAAUAACAACAAUGAAAAUCGUAAGUAUUUAUGUUUAAACUGGAAUAAUUAAGUAUGCAUUAUUUAAUAAUAUUUUGUGGUUGUGGCAGUUAUUUAUUUAUUUUAAUAGAAUAGACACCAUACAGUUUUUUAUUUCUAUGAUUAAACAUUUGUACAGCGAUUUCCAUUACUGAUUUACCCUUUGAUUUUUCUACACCUCUAAUAACGGUUUUGUUGGAAAUUCUUGGUCUCAUAUAGCAGGAGCGACUAAAUGGUCAAUCACGGACAAUUUCAAUUUCAAUCUUACUUAGUUAAAAUUUAUUUUUAUACAAUUAGAUAAACCACAAUUGCUGAGCAUUUGUAUGUUAUUAACUCAUUUGUUUAUAAAGUAAUAUUGUCAACAGUUUUUAUGGUGCCAAUUUUAUUUCUGGUUUAUUUUAAUUAGAAUACUAUAUUAAAGUUUUAAUAAAAGUAAUGAAAAACAUUAGAUAACCACUAUACAUUUUAGUUUUAUUAUUUGUACUUGUAUGUUUAUUAUUAAUAUAUUGUAAGUUUGUUUUUGUUUUAUGGAAGUCGAUCCUCAAAGGAAAAAGAUAUAUUCUUAUAUUCUUAGUCGAUCUCUAUCAAAAAAAAUUUUAUUAUUUUUUAUGGUUAUAGUGUUAUGUUCUUAUGCAAUGGUAGAUUUGAAUAAUUUUUUCUUCAAUAAUUUGUCCUUGGGUAUCAGUCAAAUUUAGUCUACAGAGUUCUGGUGGAAAUAUGUUUGCAUUGUACUUGGGUCGUUCUCACGGUACCUAACACAUUUCAUGGCCUGAUUGAGCUCAGUGUCCACUUUUUAACAAUGUAGCCACCUAGACCAUAUUGGGGCAUACUAUUCAACUACACUAUAGACCAAGGCUAAUGUUAACCGCUGUGCUUCUACUUCAAGUUUUGCCUGCUAACUUCAUUAUGAUAUUAUUCUGAGUCCUCAGCUUAUUUUUCACAUCUUUUAACUGCUUUUAUUAGUAUUCAAAAUAUAAUUUUAUAUAAAAUUGUAAAAUUCUAUAAACUAAAUUUUUAAUAACAACAUAUUUUACUGAAAAUUUUCUAUUUUAUUAAUAAUUAAGUAUGUUAUUAUUUUUUUUAGAAAGUGACGACGAUGUUCUUCGACAUAACCCUGAAAUCGCUCAAUUGCUAAAUUUCGCUCUUAAAUACAUUCCGUUUUUAAUAAUACUCCUAUCAAAAGCUGUAUUCGACCAUAUUCCAGGUAAAUUAAACAACCUCUAUGUUCAAUUAUUUGUGUAAGCUUGACUAAAAAAAAUAUUGCCUGAAGGUUCGAUUAACGAACGUGCUUGUAUGUAUUUUGUGUUUACAGCUAUUCUGCUCUUUCUGGUACUUUUUAUCUCUUUUCGUUACUUCAACAAUGUAGUGAAGCGUGAGGUGGCCAAACAAUCACAACGCAGCAUUGGAUUUUUGCUGUUUGCUAUUAUUCAUAUGGUCAUGUCAGUAUCUAUAUUCUACUAUUUCCACGGUGACAUAAAUUUACACUUUGGGUAAUUACUAUAAUAUACCAUAAUAAUUAAUUAUCAUAUUAGAUGCACUUAUAGAUGUGUAUCAUUUCUAAUAAAAUAGUUACAUUAUCAUGUAUUUGUUUUUAGGUUAAUAUUUCUUCCUCCGAAAACACAGACAACAAUUAGCAAUUUACUAUGGUCAAUAGCAGUUGAUGAUUACAUUUUAAAGUUAAUAACAAUAAUUUUUAAAAUAAUUGUUAUCAUGUUGCCAAUACAAAUUUUACCAAUCAUGAAACGAGUAUGACUGUUCGCUUGGCUUUAUUACUCUUAAAAGAAAAUUACUUUUAUUCGUAAUUUUUCGUUUAGGGAAAAGUGUACUUAUUUAUUGAAGCUACAUCUCAAUUAUAUCGGUGUUGUGUGCCUAUUCAAUCGUGGUUGUAUUACAUGUUAGAAUCAUAUCAGGGUCCGAAAAAAAUUAUCGGUGUAUUUUUAUCUGCCGCUUACAUGGUGUCCAAAGGCACUGAUUUAAUGGGCUGUGUAAAACUAUGGUGGACAGCUUCAUACAAAUUACUUCAAAAUGUUGUAAGUUCAUUAUAACAAUAAUAUUGUUUAUUCAAUAGGUGUACACAUUUUUACAAAUUAUAUAGUAGUACAAUAGUAUUACUAUUAUUUUAUUACAAUUAAUACUAAAAUAAUAAUAAUAAUACUAAUAAUUCUAGAGCCCUAAAUUUAAAUAUUCUACAAGGUAGUACAAACAAAUUAAGUUCAGCGGAAAUAUUAUUGGCCCAAAACAGUCUAUUGAAAAAAUGUAUUAUUAUUGUUUACUGGUAUUAUUGUUCUUUGUGUUUCUACAUGGUAUUAUAUAAUUUUGACAUAAUUAAUUUUGUUCUUUUAAAACUAUAGUAACCUGUUUAUGUUUUACAUUUCAUAAUGCAUUUUGCAAAAGAUUGCUCAAAUAUUAAUUAUUUUUAGGCCUAAAAUAUCUUUUUAUAAAAAAAAAAAAUUAAAAAUAUAAUCCCUAAAUAUGGUUAUGAUAUUAGUAUGUUUUUAAUAUUAGUUGCCUAUUUAAAUAGGCUUAAAAUUACCAUUACAUUCCAACCUAGCAGUCUCAGGUUUAAAUUCCGAACACAAUAUAGGUUUCCUUAUUUUCUGGCUGUCCCACAUGGCUUUGCUCCUCAUGCACAGUAUAGAAUGAAAAUAAUUUUUGGAAAUAAGUUUACUUUUACCUAAAGUUUUUGUGUUACCUUGUUGGAACAGGGUUAAGUUUUCACUAUUUAAAAUUAUUCAUAAAUGAUGUGUAGGAUAUUUAAAAACUUUGGUUGCUAUUUGAAAAUCAAUAGGUGAUAUGUGUUUAUUGUAUUGUAAUGUAAAUAAAGUCUUCCAUGGGUUUUAUAAUGUCUGAAAAAGACUGGAACCAAAUUUACUUAACAUCUCCGUAGAUCCCUGGUACAAGGUAAACUCUAUAUAUCUACAGGCAACAUCAUGCACAUUCAAUAUUAUACAUAAGUACCUACUAUAAUUAAUUACUAAUAUUUAUAAUCAAUGGAUCUAUCUUUAUAUAUAAAAUAACAUGGACUGACUGACUAAAGUCAAACUGGCUAAAGUCAUGAGUAUUGAAUUUGAUCUGUAGUUAAUGAUGUUUAAAUAAUGUUUAAACUAUUGCAUUCUGUAUUUUUGAAGAUUUAAAACUAUUAUUGUAAGUUUUUAUUAAAUAUUUAAUUCAAUUUUCAGGCACUAGGAACUGUACCCAGUAAAGAACAGCUGUCAGUUGCUGGCAAUAAUUGUCCAAUAUGUCAUGACGAAUAUGCUACACCUGUGUUAUUGCAGUGCCACCAUAUAUUCUGUGAAGCAUGUGUAGCAAAGUGGUUCGAUCGCGAACAAACAUGUCCUCUGUGUCGGGCAAAACUCGUUGAUGACCCAGCAUGGCGAGAUGGCUCUACGACUAAUUUUAUACAACUUUUUUAAUAUUGUUUGUGAUGAUCUUAAAAAUAUAUAUACUUUAACCUCUUGUUAACAUUGUUUCAUAAAAUUUGGUUCUUUUUAUUUCUAAUUUUUUUUUUUUAUAUAUGUAUAUAUUAUAUUUUUCAGAACCAGUCUAUUCUUUCUAGAAAAUAUUAUGUAGUUAUUAAUAUUUUGUACUUUGUUUUAUAAUUAACACGUAUAAAAAUAUUUGUCUGUGAUAGAUGUCCAUUAUGAUUAUAAGACGUAAAAGUGUAUUUGUUAAGCCUUAUGAAUGCCACAAUUUUAAAUUUGUGUUAAUUUUAUAGAUUAGUUACUACUAUCAAUGCGCUUAGAAGUUUAAACUAAAUUGAAAAAAUGUAACUGUAUUAUGAUAAAUUGUUUGUUUUUGUGGUAUGAGCUUGCUAUAAAACGAUUAUAUUAGUGUUAACCAACAACAUAACUAUAUUAUAGAGUUUAUGUUUGUUUAAUAUUGUAUUUUUUUAUUUAAUAAGAUUAUUGUGCUAUUUGUUGUUGAUGAUUAUUAAUAAGAAACCAGAUAAAUAUGAGUUAUUAAUAAUGCAUAUGUUAUUUUUUUUUUUUAGUAUAAAUAAGAAUAUAUUUCAAUAAAAUUAAACUUCAGUGAAAAACUGCUGAGGAUUAAAAAAAAAGAUGUAGGAUAAUGGAGACUGGUGCAGCCACUGUUAUAGGUAAUUUAAUGUAUAUCUGUAAGCAUGAUAAACCAUUGUUAAUGAAAAAACGAUUCUGAGCGUGG